AGCAGAAAAGUUGGGGUAUGGCGGGCAAGAAGGUGGAGAUGUUCGAAGUUGGUCCAUGCGAAUCUGCAUAUCAGAUGGGGUUCUUGAUUGGGAAGAGGUUCUCUGAUACCAUAAAGAGCAGAUUGGACAAAGACCUUGUUCUUCGUGACCAGCUCCUUCCUUUUGCUCAAGCCCCUCAGUCCCAGCCUCUUAUUCAAGCUCUCUGCAACAAUAACAAGACAAGGUUUCCAACAUAUUGGGAUGAGCUUGUCGGAAUUGCAGAAGGAAGCAGUGUGCCUGUUCUUGAGAUUAUUCUAAUCAACUUCAGGAAGGAGAUACUUCCAUUUCUUCCCAAGGAAGUAGCUUUAGCAGUUGAUUGUUCAGAUGAUUGCUCUGAUCUUCUUGUUGUUAGUGAAAACAUGGCCAUUGCAGCACAUAAUGAAGAUGCCAACGUUGCUCUGGUUGGCCACACCUAUUUGGUCAAAGGAAAACUGCAAAAUGGGCUGUCCUUUGUUGCUUAUACCUACGCAGGAGAGCUUCCGAGCUGCGCUUUUGGUUUUAAUAACCAUGGACUGGCAUUUACCUUGAAUUCAGUGCCUCCAACCAAUGAAGAGGUUGCAGCUGGGGGCAUUGGACGAAACUUUAUCUCCCGGGACCUCCUUGAAUCUACAAGCCUUGAGAACGCAAUAUCUAGAGUUCGCUCAGCAGAAGUAUCUGUUGGGCACAGUUAUAAUCUGAUUGAUGUACAGACAAGGAGAAUUGUGAAUGUAGAAACAGCAUCAAGGUUUAGAUAUUCAGUCAACGAGGUUGGGGCUACACCAUUUUUUCAUGCAAAUAUGUAUACCCAUCUUCAGGUUAACCAGGUAGAAGACGCAAACUCUAGAAGCAGGCAGAAACGAGCUGAUGAGUUGCCAAAAGGAUCAAAAAAUGAUUUCAUGUCAGUUCUUGGAGAUGUGGACAACAAGGAGUAUCCUAUCUAUAUGAGAGGCCCUACGCUUUACACACUGUGUACUGCUGUAAUUGACCUGGACGAACAAACCCUUUCAAUUAUUCAAGGAAAUCCAGAGAAAAACGUGAUGACCCAUGUCUUCUCCAUCCCUUUGGUGGAGUUGGAGAAGCCAUAAGCACACUGCUGAUGCAACCUGAAGCCAGCAAUUGACACUUCAAAAUGCUCAAACAGUUGAUCCAAGAGGAAGGGCGUGGGGAGUUUGUACCUUUCCGUGUAGUUCAUUGUUUAUGGAACCAUUGCCAUCCAUUUGGUCUCUGUGCUGUGAAUGAUAUCAGCGAAGAGUAUCCCUUCCAACCUCUCCGUUGGUGUUAUCUAUCCAUGUAGCGCUGAUUCAACACUGACGCGUCGUCCAAUGAAGAAGAAGGCGCUUCCCGUUGCUGCACGUCGACUUUCCCUGCUCUUUCUUCCCAAACUCUUGUACCCAUUAUUCAUUCUUUCACCUAAUAAUAAAUAAAUAGUAAUAAUA